AGAUUCAAGACCCAAGAUCCUACAUAGUAUGUAAAUACAUGUAGGUAGUAAGAACUCAAGUCUACUAUAACUAGUUUUCACGAGACGACAUAUGUAAGAGCCUUUUCUAAGCUUGCAGAUUAACGCUCUCUUUACGGUUAUUACAUUGAUCAUUGUUAUUCAAAGGUAUCACGCGAGCUGUCCUAAGCAUUAACGCCGCCCUGAUGAGAUAGCCUGUCAUCCAUCCAGGCUUGGUUAUCUUUCGUUGACUUAUACGACGACUCACAGGACAGCUAUACAAGUACAAUAAUUACAAGAGCUCCCAUCAAAAUCUUUUAACAACUAGGCCGUUACUAAAUUUACGCUCCCUUCCAUAUUCUGUUGAGUCCCUGAGGUUCUUUUUUUUGAAAAAAAAAAUUUACGAAAACUAUUCUCCUUCGCUCGGCCAACUCGAUCGAUCCCAGUUUUUCUCUUUUCUAUUAAUGCAUUGGACUUUUUCUUUGCCUUUUCAGUAAUACUCAGUCUUUCUCAGGUCCUCUCUUCUACCAUGAUGGAGGCCGCUCCCACCCCCACCGCCAUGGCUUCUGAAGAUAAUCUCACCAUCUUCCGCACGCUGAAAAGUGAUGGAGUACCAAUCCCAGAAGACAGGCUGGUACAAUACCCAAAAGCAGCCCAAGGUUCCGUCGAUAAUUGGCUACAAAAGCUUGGAGACAUGCUAGGUUCUCAGCUCUUUCCCGGAUCAAGUAAUAAAUUCAUCUUGGACGCGUUUCCUGAUAACUAUCAACUCCGUAUGAAAUUUCGAGAUAGUAAAAGUUCUUCCGACGCAGUCUCUUCAGAUAUAGCCGCAGACAAACCCUCUUCGGCCAAAACUAAACCAUUAUUCGACUGCUACCUAUUCGGGUAUCCUGACCUUGGGAAAAGUCGAACUAAGUCCCCUGCACUCAAGCAGUAUAGAAGCACGGCUGAGUUUUUUGACCACUUAUUGUGGUUGGUGACUGACGCUGAGGACCGGAGCAAGUGCACCUGCAAGCACUGCAAGGCGUAUAAUGCUUUGCAAGCUAAACCGCCAAGCUCGAAGCUACAAGCUCCAGCCAGACUUGGCACUGGCGUGAAGGCUUCCGGGGCUCUUGGUAACAACUCACCGGCGCAAUCCGCACCAACAUCUGCCGCGUCCAGCCCCGCGCCCAGCGUUUCCUCUGGCACAACGGCUCAAAGAGUAGCCUCAGCCGCACUGACAACGCAAGUAGCGGCAAGUUAUACCCCGGUAGCCGUUCAACAUGAUGAAGCACGUGUGUUCAAGAAUGGGGAGCUGGUUUGGUACAUCGUCUAUCCCUCUUUUCGCUUGGGGCUUAUCGUACAAUGUCCGUCCGACAACCCGGCUACAUCGACUCCACGCAUGUAUAAGAUAAAACCGCUUUCAUAUUCGCUCCGGCCCCUCGCAGAUGUUACACAACCCGAGGCAGACAUGCGGCCAUUCUUAGCCUAUAGUGUACCUGCUUCUCAUCCAAUCCUUGAUAAGUUCGCCGACCACCCUAUGGAAGCGAUCCCGUGGGAUGCGCUAGAGGCCCAGGUCGGUAAAGCGGAUGGUGCACUGAUCGUUGAAGCUUCUAAAGUAGGCGCAAGUCGUGUUGACCACUCGUAUUCUUUAUUCAAUGCGGUCCCUGACCCUACUCUGCAGCCCAACCAGAAGAGAUACAAUGGUGUCUUCCUUGGUUGUGAGCAGAUUCGCACUUCCGAGACCGUUCGACCACGCCUCGAGCCGGGUGAACAUCCAGAGUGGGACAAUCCAGAGUUGACCUUCGCCAUGGUAGUUAGGAAAAUACUACUGGAGACGACUGAAAAGGGAGAGGAGCUUUUCUUCUACGGCGAUCUCUGGCUCUUACAGGAGACGGACUCGCCGGCCCACGGGGAGUCGCUCAAGUACGUCACCCAGGCGAUGGUCAGAGAGAAAAUGUUCAGAGAUCAGGUCAAAAACUCUCCAGAUACACAUUUCGAAUGGGUACUCGUACAGAAUCCUAUCAAGAAAUCCGAGGCAUACAUCCGAGGACGAUUCUACGAAUCCGAGAAGCUGGGCCCGCUGCUGGACCCGAACUGGAAUGCGACCAUCCAGCAAGGACACUUCAUGCCUACUCAUCACAAGUCCCUGAAUAACCGUGGCGAUUCGAAGGGCUUCAACGUCGGUCGGAAGGAGUCACGUUCAGCUACCUUCGCCGGCAUCUUUCCUCCUGGUACCGUCCCAUCGUUUGGACCCGAUGUCGUGGAGUCGCCUGAAAACGCUUAUCUUACUCAUUGAUGAGGCGGGGUUUUAUUGCAGCAAUCUUUUCAGGCUGCGGUGGAUCGAUUGGCUAGAGCUUUGACCUGUCCAACAUAAUAGUGCCGAAUACUGGAAUUCAAGAAGUUGACCCCUCGUGGUGAAGGCUGAGUAGCAUGGCAAGACCUGGAUAAUGGAAAAAGGGCGUCAUCACUCGCAUUUCUUGAUAUUCGCAUCCGUCCAGACUAGCGCUAUGAUAGCAGGGCUUAUUGCCAGUGAAAAGGAUAGUAUAUUUUGUUUGCAUUCUAUCACAGGAUGGGCGUCUUAUUAACUUUAGCAUUGACAAUUACGGCCUCGUGCGAGUCAGGUUUAGUUACCUACUCUUGUACCAACGCAGAGUUCCAUAGAGGUUAACUUGAAGAUUUCUUCGUCAUUAUAUUCAGGACUUGGCUUCCAUUCACGUCAUUUGGAUUUUUUUCUUUCGUGUCCUUGACAAUAAAUAAAAUCGUCUCGACGGGGCUCUCCAAGUGAACGAAAGUGACCUAUAUGCUGUUAUGGCUUCUUGUUUUAUUACAAUCCGUAAUAUGAAUUUAGAAGAACUCGUUACGGUUCAAGAGAAGACUAGCCUUACAUUAUACAUGGUAUUUUCAAUGUUAGCUCGCCUCUUACAGGAUAGAAAGGGUUACAUCGUAGUUUAGCAAUACCGGUUUCCGUAUUUUUCUAAAAGAAGCAAUAGUAAUAUGAAAACGAUACCCGUAUAUUACCUGGUAGCCCCUAUCUGCGCGAAG